UCUAUUCAUGUUUAGGCAGACAUAUCUUUUCAUCAAAGAACUAUGAAUGUUAACUCCUACAGUCAAGAAUGUUGUAUUCGAAAGCUACAACUCACAGAAUAGAUUCUCAGCAUCAGAUUCAGUCAUUCAAGGUUUGCUCUGCUCUCAAGAUCUGCAAAAUCAAAAGAAUAGUUUCAUCAAGACCAGGUAGUCAUAGUUGUCAGCCACAAGACAAACUUUAGGACAUCAUCUUCCAGUAUUAAUAGUCUGAUCCUGGCUAUCAGGAUCCAGCAAAAUAGCACUGGGCCACUUCCAGUAUUAAUUAAACCUUCCUUAAUUCGGAAGACAAACUGCCACUCCACCUUCUUUGACACCUUCAUCUCAACGACCUUCCAUUCUCACGCCUCCACAACUCAUAUCUCUCAUUCUUCAAUAAUUCAUCAUUUAACAAACUUCCCCUCGUUUCUCAUUCACCACUCUCCCAAAUAAUCUUCAAAUCUCCAAUUUUGAUCCAAAGCUACCAACUUCAUCUGAUUAAAAUCACCCCCAAUCUCCACAAGGCUUCCAUUUCCAUAAAAUCAAUUGGAAAUGGUAUCUGAAUCCGUACCGAUCCUCACUCCAAAAGCCAACGAAUCAGCUGCAAAUGAAGAAGGCGAACUUCCCGACGCAGCUCUUCUACCACUCUCCACCUCAGACUCUUGCCCCUCAAAUCCAAACCCUAAACCGGCCUCCAUUACCCCCAUCAUCAUCUCCCUCUUCCUCUCCACCUGCACUGCUCUCGCCGCCGCCGCCGUCUUCGCAUUCCUCUUCUUCCACUCCGCCUCUAAUCCGCCGCGGGAGGUGGCCAGGCCGCUCGCAAAGCUCAAGAGCCCAGUCGUUUUACUAAUUUCAAUGGAUGGAUUCCGAUUCGGAUACCAAUUCAAGACCGAUACGCCCCACAUCCGUAGAUUGAUCGAGAACGGAACUGAAGCUGACCUAGGUUUGAUUCCUGUGUUCCCAACCCUUACUUUCCCAAACCAUUACUCAAUUGUCACAGGAUUGUACCCUGCUUAUCACGGAAUCGUCAACAAUUUCUUCACCGAUCCCUCCACCGGCGACUUCUUCACGAUGUCCAGCCACGAGCCAAAGUGGUGGCUCGGUGAGCCUCUGUGGGAGACUUUGGCGAAUCGUGGCUUGAAAGCAUCAACCUAUUUUUGGCCUGGCUCUGAGGUAGUCAAGGGCUCUUGGAACUGUUCUAAUGAAUACUGCAUGAUUUAUAAUAGCUCUGUGCCUUAUGAAGAUAGAGUUGAUACUGUUUUGAAAUACUUUGAUUUGAACAUUAGUGAAAUUCCUUCGUUUAUGACAUUGUAUUUCGAGGAUCCCGAUCAUCAGGGCCAUAAGGUCGGUUCCGAUGAUCCGAAGAUCACAGAGGCGAUUUCUAGGGUUGACAACAUGAUUGGGAGGUUGAUUAGUGGUUUAGAAAAGAGGGGGGUUUUUGAUGAUGUGAAUAUCAUUUUGGUUGGUGAUCAUGGGAUGGUUGGGACAUGUGAUAAGAAGCUGAUAUACCUUGAUGAUCUUGGGAUACCCAAGGAUUGGAUUCAGUCGUAUAGCCCGUUGCUUGCCAUCCGCCCGCCAUCUGACCAUUCGCCUAAGGAAGUUGUGGCGAAGAUGAAUGAGGCUUUGAAGUCGGGGAGUGUUGGGAAUGGUGAGUAUUUGAGGGUUUAUCUCAAGGAGGAUCUGCCUAGGAGACUGCAUUAUGCAGAUAGUGAUCGUAUCUCUCCAGUUAUAGGGUUGGUUGAUGAAGGGUUUAAGGUGGAGCAGACGAGGUUGAAGAGGCAAGAAUGUGGAGGAUCGCAUGGAUAUGACAAUGCAAUCUUCUCCAUGAGGAGUGUUUUCAUUUCUCAUGGACCUCGUUUUGGUAGGGGGAGGAAGGUUCCCUCGUUUGAGAAUGUUGAGAUAUACAAUUUGGUUACAAGCAUUUUGAACAUUGAUGGAGCUCCAAAUAAUGGAACAAUGUCACUUCCCUCGAGUGUUCUUCUGCCUAUCCACUGAGAUCAUUAGUCAUCUCUUGUGUUCAAUGAAGUAGAUUGGCUGUAUCAUGGCAAAUCAUGCCAUGUGCAGUGAUGAGUAGUGUUCGUUAUGGGGAAUGGCUGCUGAUUCAAGUUAUAGAAUGGAGUUUUUCUAAGAGAGAGAUACGGGUUGGGUUGGGUUAGGUUAGGUUAGUUUUUUUUGUUUGCAGAGCUGGACAAGUGUGAAGCUUAUGAAAUACUAAGGUGGUUAUUAUUCAUAAUGUGCAGUGCCUGUAGAAGAUAUUCAAAAAAUAUUUGGUGGCAUUGUAUCAAUAAUCCUCGGGUCUGACUUCAGAUUUUGUUGUUCGAUCUAAGAUGCUUGACUCAUGUCAUGCCAUAUUGUCACUUGACGGUCCUCAGCCACGGCAGCACUUUUGAAGUAUAGUUUUUUUUAUACUUGCUGAAGUGAUAUAGCAAUCUGAAAAAUGAUACGAAGCUCUACAGCAACGGGCGAAGAUUGUGCUUUGCUUCAAAAGCAGUUUGGAUUACUUCUGAUCAGUGAUUUUCUGAUCAAUGCCAUAGGUUUGAUACUAAUUCUUACAAGUGAUGAUGCCUUUUGCAGAUACAUUCAUCUACUUGAUCAAAAUUGUAAUGUCUGAAAACUGAGUUUGUAUUGUAUGCAUUAGUAGUUGCUGUAUAUCAUGCAGAAAGCUUUACUUCAUUUGGUUGUAUAGCCUCCCUAUUAUUUUUUAAUAUAGAUAGCGCAUUAUCGCUA